UAACUAUAUAACUGUACGGUGCGAGUCUGUGUUUAAUUGUAUUGCUUCAUUGCUGCAGCUGCCCCAUUGCUGCAGCUGCCCUGCAUGAGCUGAGAACAACGCGACAUGAACUCGGUAUAGUACAGACAAUUGCCUCUUUGCUCUUCCUACUUCCUACAGCCAAGAUAUACCACUGCUAAUACUUCUCGUAGACGGAUCUCGUCUCACCUCGGAUGAAUCCGCUGCGAAUAUGCUGUACUGUGUCUAGAGUGAGUUGCACCACUGCCCUGGAUCAUCUGUCGCGAAUCCAGCCAAAUACCCAGACUCCGCCUCAUUUUUAACCCCAAUCGGAUCUUGGACGGCACUUGGCAUUGUCAUCGCGCCUCGCCAACUCUUGGAACUUUCCCACUUCUAUGUGCCGAGACGGGAGGCCUGCUGCAUAUCAUCUGGUCACGAUGAUACUCUGGACUGCGUGCGCCGCUUUACAAAGCCCCCGCAUCCCCAUCUUCAAUCUCCUUUCCCUUUCAGUACUCUACUUCCUCUUUGAAGUACAUUCCUUCUUCAGACAUUUUCCAUUUCGUCGUUGAACCAUCUAGUAGUUCAACGCCCCCUUUCUUACUUUACCUGUCCACCUCUUAUUGAAUGGUUAUUACUAAUCCGGAAUCCGCACUUGAGGAAUGGCACAACCUUCCCUCACCACCACCUACCUUGCGCCCUGAUCGGGUAGAUAGCGCAAAGGAAAAGGUUGCUGUAACCCAUAUUGGCAAGAACUGUUCGUCCGGAUCUAGCCUAAGCAACACCCUUAACGAAGACGACCUCCCCGACUGGAAGACCACUCACACAGAAAGAUCCUGGGACGGCGGCGCGGAAUCCGCUCACACCAUCGAUGUCGAUGCCAUCGCAAGCAAGCUUCAUGUUGACCUUCAACAUGGACUCGAGGGAAAGGAGGCAGCGGCUCGACUUGAACGGGAUGGCCCCAACAAGCUUGCGAGCGGUGGGGGAAUAUCGGCGUGGAAAAUCCUCUUAAGACAGGUCUCCAAUAGUUUAACCAUCGUCCUCCUCCUGGCUAUGGCACUGUCGUAUGGCACACUAGAUUUCCUUGAAGGCGCCGUCAUCACAGCUGUCAUCCUCUUGAAUAUCAUUCUUGGGUUCGUCCAGGAUUAUCAGGCGGAGAAGAAUAUGAAGUCCCUCCAGGGCCUCGCGGCCCCAACAUGCAAGGUCGUUCGUAACAAGGGAAAGGUCGACGCCGUCAAAGCCGAGGCUCUUGUCGUGGGGGACAUUGUCCAGAUCUCUGUGGGCGAUGUUGUCCCGGCGGAUCUUCGGAUCUUUGACGGCGUCAAUUUGGAGAUCAAUGAGGCUCUUCUCACUGGAGAGUCACUCCCAGUCAUCAAACUACCCAAGAUUACCUUAGGCAUGUUAGACCUUCCCCUCGGAGACCGCACGAAUUGCGCCUAUUCGGCCACUACCGUGACCAAGGGUCGCGGAAGCGGCAUUGUCAUCGCUACCAGCAUGACGACCGAAGUUGGCCGCAUCGCUGAGUUGCUCCAAGAUCGUAAAUCAACCACGGAAGCGAAUGUUUUCAAGCGCCUCUUCAUUUCUCUACGGGAUGGUGUCAAGAACACCCUCGGUCUCGUCGGCACGCCUCUACAUGUUACACUCAGCAAAUUCGCCAUCUUACUCUUUGGCUUGGCUCUCCUCCUCGCCAUCAUCGUUUUCUCCGUAAACAAGUGGGAUCUCAAGGGUGAGGUCGUCAUCUAUGGAAUCUGUGUCGCUGUAGCUGUUAUACCUGAAUCUUUGAUCGCUGUCUUGACUAUUACCCUUGCUAUCGGCAUUAAGGCUAUGGCAAAGGAUCAUGUGAUUGUAAGGAGAAUGCAGGCUCUUGAGGCUAUUGGCGGUAUUACGCAUAUCUGCUCGGAUAAGACUGGUACGCUCACUCAGGGCAAGAUGAUUGCUAGGAAGGUGUGGGUCCCGGAGAAUGGGACGCUUGGGAUUUACGAUACUACGAAUACGUUUGACCCUACCAGUGGUCAGGCAAUGAUUGAUGGAGUGACAAUUGACAAGUCCACUGAGUUGAAUUCAACUCUUGAGAAACUGCUCCAUGCUGUUGCCCUCUGCAAUCUCUCUACAGUCUACCACAACAUCGAUGAAAACAGCGAUUGGACUGCAGUGGGAGAGCCUACGGACAUCGCCCUCCAAGUCCUCGCCACACGUUUCGGCCUCGGCAAACCCGAUAUCCUAGACAGCGGUGAAAUGACAUUUGUGGCCGAACAUCCAUUCAACUCCGCAAUCAAGCGCAUGUCAGUGGCCUAUCAAAACGGCACUGAUACCAUCGACGUCUUUCUCAAAGGAGCCGGCGAGAGCGUCCUCCCCAUGCUCACAUCCUCGCCCGCCGAGAAAGCCGAGAUUGAGAAGCGCAUGCAAGAGCUGGCCUGUGAGGGUCUUCGCGUCUUGUGUAUUGCAACCAAAUCUGUUGCAUCUACUUCGAAGAAGGAUAUCGAGAGUCGAGAAUGGACGGAGGGUAAUUUGGACUUUCUCGGACUUGUGGGCCUUUAUGACCCGCCUCGGGUUGAGACGGCUGGUGCUAUCACGGCCUGUACGAAAGCUGGUAUUAGCAUUCAUAUGUUGACUGGUGACCACAUCGAUACCGCUACCGCGAUUGCCAAGGAGAUUGGCCUCAUCACUGAUCUCAGCUUCACGACAUCCAACGCUAAUACCAUCGUCAUGCAAGGCGGACAAUUCGACAAGCUCUCCAAAGACGAGAUAGACGCCCUCGACCCCCUCCCCCUCGUCCUCGCCAGAUGUAGCCCCGCCACCAAAGUCCGCAUGGUCGACGCCCUCCACCGUCGUCAAGGCUUCUGCGUUAUGACGGGCGACGGCGUCAACGACGCCCCAGCCCUCAAACGCGCCGACGUCGGCAUCGCAAUGGGUCUCAACGGCUCCGACGUCGCUAAAGACGCCGCUGACAUGAUCCUGACCAACGAUGAUUUCGCCUCAAUCGUCAAAGCCGUCGAAGAAGGCCGGCGCCUCUUCGCCAACAUCCAGAAAUUCCUCCUGCACCUCCUCAUCUCCAACAUCGCGCAGGUUCUCCUCCUCCUCAUCGCCCUCGCCUUCCGCGACGCCUCAGGCGCCUCCAUCUUCCCGCUCUCCCCCCUCGAAAUCCUCUGGGUAAACAUGAUCACCUCCUCCUUCCUCGCUCUCGGCCUAGGAAUGGAGGAGAAGACCUCAGACAUCAUGCUCCGCCCCCCCCACAGCCUGCGCAUGGGCGUCUUCACCCGCGAACUCAUCGUCGACAAAAUGAUCUACGGCACCCUAAUGGGCUCCCUCUGCCUCGCCGCCUUCGUCAUCGUCGUCUACGGCGCCGGAGGUGGCGAUCUGGGGGACGACUGCAACGACGGCUACAACCCCUCUUGCGACGUCGUCUUCCGCGCCCGCGCAACCGUCUUCGCCGUCCUCUCCUUCCUCAUCCUCGUCACCGCCUGGGAGGUAAAGCACUUCUCGCGGUCCCUGUUCGCGCUCGACCCUGCCAAGUUCCGCGGGCCCCUCGGGGGUGUCGGAGGGGCGCUCUGGUAUAACCGCUUCUUGUUCUGGGCUGUGGCCGCCGGGUUCCUGGUCACUUUUCCCGUCGUCUAUAUCCCGACGGUUAAUACGGUGGUGUUUAGGCACAUGGGGAUUACGUGGGAGUGGGGCGUGGUGGUGGGUGUGCUGGCAGUGUAUGUUGCAGGCGUGGAGGCCUGGAAGGCGGUCAAGCGACGUUUUGGCUUGUUUGGCGGUAAGAGGUCCGCAGUUGAUGUGGUUGGGGGAGGGUUAGCUUAG